AUGGAGGCGCUGAUGGCCACGGACAAAUGCUUCUCCCCGGCCAGGGCGAUGUCCCCGAUGCCGAUUAUGAGGCCCCCUCCAUCACCAGAACAUGCCAGUCAGUAUCUGGAGGACUUGUUGCAGGAGCAACAGAAGCUCGGGCCCUUCGUGCAGGUGCUCCCAAUCUGCGGCAGGCUGUUGAAUCAAGAGAUGAUGAGAAUAUCAAACCUGCUUUCUAACUCUGGAGUUAGAGGAAAUGAGAGGUUGCCACCAAUUGCAAGUCCAAACCACAUGCAUCCAUUGCCCCGGGUACCUAAUUUCUGUGGAAAUGGUUUCGGUCCGUGGAAUGGGAUGCAUCCUGAGAGAAAUGGUUUUCCUAGGGGAGCCAUGGGCUGGCAAGGUGCUGUACAGAACCAUUCCUCCUACAUUGUCAAGAAGAUCGUGCGAUUGGAAGUUCCAACAGAUGCUUACCCCAAUUUUAACUUCAUUGGCCGUCUGCUUGGGCCGAGGGGACACUCACUAAAGAGAGUUGAAGCUACUACAGGUUGCCGUGUUUUCAUCAGAGGGAAGGGCUCCAUAAAAGAUCCUGUGAAAGAGGAACAGCUCAAGGGAAGGCCUGGCUAUGAACACUUGGGCGAUCCAACGCAUAUCUUAAUUGAGGCUGAAUUACCUGCUGAUGUUAUUGAUGCUAGACUGACACAAGCACAGGAGAUACUAGAGGAGUUGCUGAAACCAGUGGAUGAGUCACAAGACAACAUCAAGAGACAACAACUUCGAGAACUUGCCAUGUUGAACUCGGUAUAUCGAGAGGAUAGUCCGCAUCAGAACGGCAGUGCCUCUCCGUUCAGCAAUGGUGGCACAAAACAGUGA